ACUGCACUUCCUGUCCAGGGGCUGGAAGUGGGUUGAACAAGCCUGGCCGGACGCGCUCGGGAGAGACUGUCGCCCGAGAUCGCUGCUGGCUCCUGAUCAGACCUGGCGUGUGCUAGCAUCGUCAUUCUGGGACCCGCUCUCGGCCGUGUUGUGUUUUAGACAGUUAAGAGGGAAGAAGAUUACAGGAAAUUUUAAUCCACAAUCCAAGAAGUCUAAACUGAAAACAAAGCUGCUCUGAGCAGGACAAAGAAGGUGACCUCCCUCCCCUGCCAUCUCGCCCGCAAGAGAGGACAAGAAGGUGACCGCCCACCCCUGCCAUCUUGCCUCACCAGAGGACUAGAAGGUGACCUCCCUCAUCUGUCAUCUCACCCUCAUCAGUGGACUAGAAGAGACAGAGUCUCACUUUACUGCCCUCGGUAGAGUGCCAUGAUGUCACAGGACUCACAGCAACCUCCAGCUCUUGGGCCUUCACGAUUCUCCUGCCUCAGCUUCCCGAGCAGUAAUUUUCAAUAAUUUCCAAAGCAAAUUGGUUUUCAAAAGAAUUUUCAAAUAUUACUUUUUCUAACAGGAAAGUAGAUGUAAGGCACCUCAGACACCAGGACCCCAUCUUCACAUCAUCGUGUUGCAUGUAAGAAAUGUGGACUCUGCUCGAUUUGAAUCCUAGCUUCUCCAUUUUCUAGCUGCAUGACCUUAGGAGCCUUCUAGUUCACUGGGGGGAUGGUGUGCUGCAUCCACUUCCCAAAUACAAAUGCGUGUUGUAAUUCUUUUGCAACUUGAUGGCUCUGAAGCAAUAUCAUUGCCAAGAUGCUCUAGAGUGUAUUGCUGGUUAUUUAUAUCGGAUCACUUGAAAAUCACUACCUAUUCAAACAUAAAGACCAUCCCCAAAGGUCUCGAAGGAGUGCCCUUCAUAUCACUAAGAGAUUAUCUGAUGAUGAUCGUGUGGUAUGGGCUGAACAACAGUAUGAAAAAGAGAGAAGUAAACGUUCAGCUCCACGAGACUCAGCAGUAAAUCUCUUCAACGAUCCAAUGUGGAAUCAGCAAUGGUACUUGCAAGACACCAGGAUGACUGCAGCCCUGCCCAAGCUAGAUCUUCAUGUGAUACCUGUUUGGCAAAAAGGCAUCACUGGCAAAGGAGUUGUCAUCACUGUAUUGGAUGAUGGCUUGGAGUGGAAUCACACGGACAUCUAUGACAAUUAUGACCCAGAGGCUAGCUAUGAUUUUAAUGACAAUGACCAUGAUCCAUUUCCCCGAUAUGAUCCCACAAAUGAGAACAAACAUGGGACUAGAUGUGCAGGAGAAAUUGCUAUGCAAGCAAAUAAUCUCAAAUGCGGGGUUGGAGUUGCAUACAAUUCUAAAGUUGGAGGAAUAAGAAUGCUGGAUGGCAUUGUGACAGAUGCCAUUGAGGCCAGUUCGAUUGGAUUCAAUCCUGAGCAUGUGGAUAUUUACAGUGCGAGCUGGGGCCCUAAUGAUGACGGGAAGACUGUGGAAGGGCCUGGCAGGCUGGCCCAGAAGGCUUUUGAGUAUGGUGUCAAGCAGGGCAGACAGGGGAAGGGCUCUAUCUUCGUCUGGGCUUCUGGGAAUGGUGGGCGACAGGGAGACAACUGUGACUGCGAUGGCUACACAGACAGCAUCUACACCAUCUCCAUCAGCAGUGCCUCACAGCAGGGCCUGUCCCCCUGGUACGCUGAGAAGUGCUCCUCCACGCUGGCCACCUCCUACAGCAGCGGGGACUACACCGACCAGCGAAUCACAAGCGCCGACCUGCAUGACGAUUGCACCGAGACCCACACCGGCACCUCAGCCUCCGCACCCCUGGCUGCUGGCAUCUUCGCUCUGGCCCUGGAAGCAAACCCUAAUCUUACCUGGCGAGAUAUGCAGCACCUGGUUGUCUGGACCUCUGAGUAUGACCCUCUGGCCAAUAACCCUGGAUGGAAAAAGAAUGGCGCAGGCUUGAUGGUGAAUAGUCGAUUUGGAUUUGGAUUGCUAAAUGCCAAGGCUCUGGUGGACUUAGCUGACCCUGAGACCUGGAGCAGCGUGCCUGAGAAGAGAGAAUGUGUUGUAAGGGACAAUGACUUUGAGCCUAGAGCCCUGAAAGCUAAUGGAGAAGUCAUCAUUGAAAUUCCAACAACAGCGUGUGAAGGGCAAGGAAACGCUAUCAAGUCCCUGGAGCACGUGCAGUUUGAAGCAACAAUUGAGUACUCCCGCAGAGGAGACCUUCAUGUCACACUUACUUCUGCAGCUGGAACUAGCACUGUACUAUUGGCUGAGAGAGAGCGGGACACGUCUCCUAAUGGCUUUAAGAAUUGGGAUUUCAUGUCCGUUCACACCUGGGGAGAGAACCCCAUAGGUACCUGGACUUUGCGAAUUACAGACAUGUCUGGAAGGAUGCAGAAUGAAGGAAGGAUUGUGAGCUGGAAGCUGAUUUUGCAUGGGACAUCUUCUCAGCCAGAGCAUAUGAAAGAGCCUCGUGUGUACACAUCGUACAAUACGGUUCAGAACGACAGGAGAGGGGUGGAGAAGAUGGUGGAUGUGAGAGAGGAGCAGCCCAAACAAGCGGAGCCUGACGAGAAGCCGCUGGUGUCUGAAAGCCCCGGCGGGGGCAGCGGCACGGUGGGCGGCAGGAGCGCGGAGCGGGCGGGCGCAGCCGUGUCCCAGGCCUUGCUGCGACUACUGCAAAGCGCUUUCAGCAAAACCUCGCCACCACCGGCGCCAAGGAAGUCUCCGGGCACAAAGCUCAACAUCCCUUAUGAAAACCUCUAUGAAGCCCUGGAAAAGCUGAACAAUCCUUCCCAGCUUAAAGACUCUGAGGACAGUCUAUACCAUGACUAUGUCGAUGUUUUCUACAACACAAAACCCUACAAACACAGAGACGACCGGCUGCUUCAAGCUCUGGUGGACAUUCUGAAGGAGGAAAGUUAGAGUGAGUGUGUGGCCCCAAGUUGGAAGCGUUCCUGCUUCUUCCUCACCUGUAGAUUUUGCCUGUGUCUGAAUAGCUGUUCUGUCCUUGAUUCCUACACUUACAGUAUCCCUGAGGGCAUUUUUCGUUUUCUCCUCCAAACUGCUUAGCUUGGAGGCUUAGCUCCAGUAGGAGAUCCAACUUCCAGAAUUGACCUUAACUCUUUCCUACCAUCGAAAGUGAAGUGUAUUGUUCUUUCUGUGGUCACGACUGACAGCCCUCAUGCUACGUUAGAAAGCCUCCUUGAGCCCAUUUCAUUUCUCAAAAGCAAAGGUAAAACGUGGGCAAUCAAUUAAUUCGAUCAAAAAAUAUGCAAAGAAAGAGGAGAGAAAACUUUCUGUAGCUUGUUUCCUGUCCUUGCCACGUAGUCAAAUUUUGAUGCCAAGAACGCGUUUGGGCUGUGCCUGUGGCUCAAAGGAGUAGGGUGCCAGCCCCAUAUACCGGAGGUGGUGGGUUUAAACCUAGCCCCAGCCAAAAACUGCAAAAAGCAAAAAACAAACAAACAAAAAAGAACGCAUUUGGAAAAUCCCUAA